AUGAAAACAAGACGCGGGAGACGCCCUGAAAAGUUUUGGCCUUCGAUUGUGAUGAAUAAAUGGUUAAACAUAAAGCCGAAAGUUUACGACUUUAGCGAAGACGAAAUCGAUACAGAAACUGAGAGCGAAGACGACGUGUGUUCGGUCAAAGACGUCGCUAAUGUAACUGAUGAAGACAGCCAUGGCGGUCGCCGAGGAAGCGAAGCUGAUCACGGCAACAAAAUUACAGACGGUGGUGGUGUGAGGAGUUACCAGAGAAAACACCGGCGAGGCAAAUCGGAGACUUUGAGAGUCCAAUACAUAAAUACAAAGGACAUCAAAGUGACGGUGGCUACAUGGAACGUCGCCGGAAAACGUCCCUCCGAUGAUCUCGUGAUCGACGAUUGGCUUUCUACCGACAACCCUUCAGAUAUUUACAUCAUCGGGUUUCAAGAAGUGGUUCCGUUAAACGCAGGAAACGUGUUCGGAGCAGAAGAUAGAGGUCCGAUUCCCAAAUGGGAAUCGAUAAUCCGUAGAACGCUGAACAAAUCCCAGAAAGAAUCAGUCUAUGGUGAUCAAUCUCCAAGCUGCAACAACAACAACGUUCUUCAUAGAUCUCACAGCGCACCGGCAUCUCCUGUCCUAGCACAACAAACAACAUCCAUUAUCUCUGAUGUCAUGGUCGAGAAUCUCGCUGCGGACCACUCGCUAGAUCUAGCUACACACGAGUACAUCGAUGCUGCAACCGCUUUGCCGAGUCUGGAACCAGUGGGGAAUCCGGACAUGGACUGGCCUGAACGAGCGUUAGACAAGAACCCUCAGGUUGUUGAGUCAGAAGGGAAGCUAAGGAGAGUGUUAAGCAGCAACGCGAGGCUAGGGUUUAAGCUGCCGGAGAAUCCAACGGGAGUGAGUAGGUUUGCUUCAGACGCAAGAAACUUGAGACGGUCACGGAGCUUUGAAACCCUAAAGCUGAGUUGGAAUGAUAUAAAAGAAGAGAAUUGUUGUAAUACUUCAUCCUCCUCGUCCGAAGCGGAAGAAGCCGCGAAAAUCCUGUCUGAUGAUGAUUCAUCAGACGGAGAAUCGUCUUCCAAUGAUGACGAGGAGGAGGAAGGAGAGAAGAUCGGAAAUACUUAUGGAUUGCCGGAAGAUUUGGUGGAGGAGUGUCGGAAGGCGAAAGAUUCUCAAAAGUAUGUGAGGAUAGUGAGCAAGCAAAUGGUUGGGAUCUAUGUAUCGGUUUGGAUCCGACGGCGGUUGAGAAGACACGUCAACAACUUGAAAGUCUCGCCGGUCGGAGUUGGCUUGAUGGGUUACAUGGGAAACAAGGGAUCGGUGUCUAUUAGCAUGACGUUAUACCAAUCGAGGAUGUGUUUCGUGUGUUCACACUUAACUUCCGGUCAAAAAGACGGUGCUGAGCAACGCCGGAACGCUGACGUGUACGAAAUCAUACGUCGUACUCGUUUCGCAUCUGUUCUUGAUACCGAUCAACCAAGAACGAUUCCAUGUCACGAUCAGGUGUUCUGGUUCGGAGAUCUGAAUUACCGACUUAAUAUGUCAGACAGUGAAGUAAGAAAGCUUGUCGCACAGAAACGAUGGGACGAGCUCAAGAACAGUGAUCAGCUGAUUAGAGAACUAAGAAGAGGGCAUGUCUUUGAUGGAUGGAGAGAAGGACCGAUUAACUUCCCUCCGACGUAUAAAUAUGAAUUCGAUUCCGACCGUUACGCCGGAGAGAACGUGAGAGAAGGAGAGAAGAAGAGAGCUCCGGCUUGGUGUGAUAGAAUAUUAUGGUUGGGAAAAGGAAUAAGACAAGAGUGUUAUAAGAGAUCGGAGAUAAAAAUGUCCGAUCACCGACCGGUGACAUCGAUAUUUAGCGUCGGAGUUGAAGUAUUCGACCAACGGAAACUUCAAAGAGCUCUUCACGUUAACAACGCCGCCGCUUCUGCUGUUCAUCCUGAGCCUUCUUUUUGA